AUGCGUCUAGCCAACAAGCUCUUUGUUCUAACAGAAAACGGGUGUUCUGUGAAUUAUGCCUUUCGGUUUGGGACCCAGCCAAGGAAGUUUCCAGUGGAAGGAGGAGAUUCCUCAGUUGGGCUGGAAUCUGGGCUGAGCUCCAGUGCUGCCUGCUGUAAUGGGAAAGAGAUGUCACCAACUGUGGUAUGGCAACUCCGAAGGUGCCCUGGAAGUCAUUGCCUGACAAUAACUGACGUUCCCAUCACUGUCUAUGCAACAAUGCGAAAGCCACCUGCACAAAGCAGCAAGGAAAUGCAUCCUAAAUAG